CUAACAUACAUUGUGACCGUAUAACCGACGGCAGACAGACGAACCUGCCGUCAGCAGUGCCAAAAGUGCAAUAUGUUUAAAUUAAUAGUGUUAUUGUCGAUAGCGGCAUGCGCUAGUGGCCAAUAUUCGGCAUCGAGGCUAGUCAGAAACAUUUACAAUCAAUGCUUGAGUCAAUAUUCCGUGGAGUGUGUGAAACCCAGAACUCUCGAAUGGAUUUCUCAUGUGGCGAACGAUGAGGAGAUCAAGAUCACUGAUAACCUGUCAAUCGUCAAACAAGCGACGAUCGAAGAUGAAGCUGUUGAUCCAAGGAUGGCAAAGGACUCUACUUACGCGAUAAUAGACUCCGUGGACAGAUUCCUGCAGACUCAUUCAGUGAGAGUUAAAGUACCUGAAGAAAUCGCCAGCAGUGCCGCUUCGGAAUAUGUGCCAAGGUCGCUCCUUACUGAUCUUCCGUCUGAAUUGGAUAUGCCUUUGGACGGCGAAGAAGAAGUAGCGACUUUCGAGGGAAGGAAAAAGAAGAUCAAGCUGCCCAAGCCUUUGAGGAUUAAGAGCAAACAUGGAUUUAUCAAGAAGGUGCUGCUUCCAUUCCUUCUCGGUCUGAAGUUCAAGGCAUCCGUUUUGGUGCCUCUAGCACUUGCCCUUAUUGCUUUGAAGACAUGGAAAGCUCUUACACUGGGUCUCAUAUCUCUUGUUCUAUCUGGUGCUAUGGUAAUCUUCAAGUUCACGAAGCCCAAGGUUGUAAACUAUGAAGUCAUCCACUAUCCUCAACACCACGUAGAACAUCACGUAGACCACCAUGCUCCCGCCUGGGAUGCCCAUGGACCCUACCAGGCAAGGUCUUACGAAGAUGCCCAUGAAAUCGCUUACUCUGGACAAAUAUAACUUGAUGCAUUUACUUUAGGACGGACCACUGAUUAAUUUAUUAAAAUUAUUUAUUAUUUAUUGUUAAUGUAAAUAAAUCUUUAUCAUUUAAGUAUCAAUUAAA